AUGACCGAGUUUGGCGGAUUUGUGGUGGAUGGCGAGGAACAGCGCUUGCGCGCUCUUCUGCAUCGGUUAUCGAGGGAUGUGAGGGCGCUGAGGUACCUUCGGGUUCACUGGACAGGGACGGGUGAGAAGGAUUAUGAGUGCUAUGAAUGUAAUGAGGAUGGCUAUGGGAUGCAACCCAGAUGGGGCUGGGGCGAUAAGAGGCGGUUCAUGCUGGAAUUAGGGAGGAUUUGGGGGUUGAGGGAACUUGUGCUUGAUGGCACAUUUGAGAUCAGCUGGAUGGGAUAUUUGAGGAAGCAAAUGGGGCAUGAAGUGAAGGGCGAGACGAUCGAUGUGCUACGCCCUUUGAUUGCCGGAUAUGUGGUGGCCCUCACCGGCUUGGGUUUUGGGUCAAGUGAAAUGAGGGAUUGCGGGUUAUCAAAGCGUUAUCCAACACAAUCUGGCCCAAGAUAUCAGCCUGGAAAAGCUAGGUGA